AUGUCUAUACUGGAGGACCCGAAGAGUGGCGAGGGGCGCGGCGAGGAGCGCUGCCGCCUUGUAGUGUGUUCCUUUUGUGGCUACGUGACGGACCGAAAGAACAACCUGAAGCGCCACAUUCAAACCAUGCACGAGGCGUCGUCCGUAGAGCUGGAGUGCUGCGGCAAGCGUUUCUUCAACAAAGCUGACAUGCGAGCACAUACGCGUGCCCUGCAUCGUGACGGCUACAUGUGCCCCGUGUGCCGCCACGUGUUCUGCCGCAAGGCGCUGCUCAAGCGGCACCUCUCCGUGCACACCGGUAUCAAGGAGUUCAUCUGCUGCCUGUGUGGCUACGACACCAGCCACAAGAGUAACCUGGAGCGACACAUGAGGACACAUGCCAAGGACAAAGAGGAGAACAAGUCGAAAAAAGACGCCACUCUGAUACAGCCACAACGACCCUCUUUGCCUCCACAGCAAGCCAUGCGCCGCGCCUCGCCGCCUGCCGAGGGUGCCCCCAAGGCUCUUCAUGAGCUUCCUUGCAAGCCUGUCAGUGUGUGCGAUAGCCAGUGGGCCUCAGUGUGGGCCCUGCAGCAUGGCUACCAGCUACUGCCGCCCUCUUUGUCGUCGCCGCCACCGCCUCUCCUCCGCUACCCCACAGAGGCAUGCCUUCAGCCUUCCAGACACCCCUGCGUGCCUUCGAGGAGCUUCACCAUCGAGGAAUUGCUGCGGAACACUGCCCAACAGCCACCACAACCGCCACAGGCCCCACAGCCACCACAGCCAGCAGGUCCCUCCCAAGGAAUACAGAACGCCUCGCGCCCAGACAGGAGUCAGCCUGCAACCGUCUUUCCCCCACACACCUGCACUGCCUCUGCCAAAAUUCUGCGACCUACGCCGAUCCGCCCCCACGCUAAGGAUUUCUCCAGACGCUCACCACAAUCCUCCAUUGCUUACCAGGGGCAUCUCCUGGCUGUAGUGGAUAUGUCUCCUCCUGCACCUGCCGCCUUUGUUCCUCCACCUCCUCCCCUGCCUCCACCUCUGCGUCUCAGCAUCACGCCGCCCCUCGCCUUCAUGCCGUCCUACCCUGAGCCACCUCAUCGCGUAUAUGCCCACCUCCCGCCUCUACAGUGCGUCACAAACCCAUGCCCUCCUCCAGGGGACCCUCUCGGCGUCCCAUCUCUCAAGACACCCACGCCAGAGUCGCCAGAGCUGGGGAGCAGCCCGGAGGAGCACCAGCACGCCGCAGGGGAGGAGUAUAUACAUAAGAAGCUGAGAUUCUCCCGCAAACUAAGGCAAGUUGAGGUGGAGCAGUUGUGUUCGGCUAGCCAAGAGAUGUCGCGCGACUGA